AUGGCUGUGUCUCCUGUAAAUGAGCACCAGGGUCUGUUGACGUUCAGGGAUUUGGAUGUUGACUUCUCCCAGGAGGAGUGGGAAUGUCUGGAUUCUGCUUGGAGGACUUUAUAUAUUGAUGUGAUGUUGGAGAAUUACAGAAAUCUCAUUUUUGUAGAGAAACAUCGCAUAUGUGGUAAAUAUGAAAGCAUCAUGGAUCAAGGAUCAAAUAGUGCUGUCUAUCAGCACGUGAAUAUCCAAAAGAAGUCUUACAACAAUAAUGACCUUGGCAAAAUGCUUUGUGAAUCAUCUCAGUGUAUACCUUAUAACACCAGCGGUACUACAGGAAACCAUCAGAGAAUUCAUACAGGAGAGGAGCCUUACAAAUAUGGUAAAUGUGAAAAAUCCUUUGGAUGUAGCUCAAAUCUUGGAACACAUCAGAAAUCUCAUAAAGGACAGAAGCCUUACAAAUGUAGUGAAUGUGAGAAGUCAUUUACACGUAAUUCAACUCUUAAAAAUCAUCAGAAGAUUCAUACAGGAGGGAAACCUUACAAAUGUUGUGAAUGUGAGAAGUCAUUUACAUAUAGUUCAACUCUUAAAUAUCAUCAGAAGAUUCAUACAGGAGGGAAAUCUUACAAAUGUAGUGAAUGUGUCAAGUCAUUUACAUGUAGUUCAACUCUUAAAAAUCAUCAGAGAAUUCAUACAGGAGAGAAACCUUACAAAUGCAGUGAAUGUGAUAAGUCAUUUACAAAUAGUUCAAAUUUUAAAAAUCAUCACAGAACUCAUACAGGAGAGAAACCUUAUAAAUGUAGGGAAUGUGAGAAAUCCUUUGGAUCUGGCUCAACUCUUAUAAAACAUCAGAGAAUUCAUACAGGUGAGAAACCUUACAAAUGUAGGGAAUGUGAGAAAUCCUUUACAUAUAUUUCACAUCUAAAAAGACAUCAGAUACUUCAUACAGAAGAAAAACCUUAUAAAUGUAAUGAAUGUGUAAAGUCCUUUGCAUGUAACUCAAAUCUUCAGUCACAUAAGAAAAGCCAUACAGAAAAGAAAUCUUACAAAUGUAGUGAAUGUGAGAAAUUCUUUAAAUAUAGAUCAAGUCUUAGAAGUCAUGAGACAAUUCAUAGAGGACAAAAACCUUACAAAUGUUGGGAAUGUGAGAACUCCUUUUCAAGUACUUCAGAACUUAGAAUACAUCAGCAACUUCAUAUAGGAGAGAAACCUUACAAGUGUAGUGUAUGUGUGAAAUCAUUCAUGUGUGCCUCAACUCUUGAAAAACAUCAGAGAGUUCAUACAGGAGAGAAACUUGUAGCUAAUGCCACUAAUGCUUUAGCUAGCAGACACAGUUAA